CGCCUCCGAAAUGACGUCAUCACUACGCGUCAACUUUUCAACACGCUGCACUACAGACAGAAGAUAACAUAAUUUGAAAGGCAACGACGUCUCGUUAGUAAAUUAACUAUCUUCCCACGGUGUGCGGAAUGAUUGAGAAGGAGAAGAUGCAGCCACAGAAGGUGAGAGGAAAGAAGAGGAAGCAUCCCGGUGGAGGAGAAGGAGAAAGGAAAAGGAGAGGAGAUGAAGAAGGAGGAAAGGGAACUCAGGGGAAAGGUGCCAAGAAGCGCCUUGAUGCCGUGAGUGUUGGCUAUUUCCGCAGAGUUGGUGAAAGACUUAAGGAAGGCUUUGAAGAGGAUGAAGAGAGAGUGAUGUUUGUGGAGAAUGUACUCACAGAGGUGAGAGGUCAGGCGACGCUGGUGGCUUCUGACACGACAGGAAGUGUCACUCUCCAACACCUGCUGCCAUUGGCUAGCCUUGACCAGGUGGGGGAAAUUCUGGCUGAACUAGUUGGAGAAUCUGGGUCUGAGUUUAAGACUGUAUCAUGUAACCAGUGCGGUGGUCACGUUGUGGAAAGUGCACUCAGACAAAUGUCCAGGUGGACAGAAUCAUCCGGGCAGGAGCCAUCUGCCACCACGGAGGAAGAAGAGGAUAGUUGUAGCGCUCUGGAGACACAAGUGUUGGCCUUAACCCAGGUGGUGCGAGACAACAGCGCAGAGUUCAUCAAACACAAACACGGCUCACAUGUGGUCCGCACGCUUCUGCAUGUUCUGGCCGGCUGUCUGGGACCGCCCCGCACAGAAUCACGCCACGACACCAAACACCAAAAUAUUUCCCCUCAACAGACGGACUUUGAGGCUCCCACGUCGUUUUGGUAUGAGCUAAGAAACCUAACCGAGUCACUAAUGGCUGAUGUCAACCUAACUGUGACUGAUGCAGUUGCUAGUGCUGUGUUCCAGACUAUGUUGACUGUUUGUCACAGAAAGAGACCGAAGCUUUGCAAAAAGCUAAUUAAAGGCAUUAUGGGAUACCUGACAACCCGCAGCGCUGCUCCCGGAGUAAGUCCACUUCUGGUCUUUCUGAAGGACCAGGCUUCAAGUCGCCUCAUUGAGACUGUCAUCCAGUUGUCCCAUAAGGCCCUUCUGUGUGACAUCUACAAGAACCAUCUAAAGGGUCAACUCGUCAACUUAGCCCUCCAUCCAAUUGCCAACUUCCCCAUACAGAGGCUAACAGCAGCCUCGGCUAAUUACAAAAUGUUCCUGAAGUUGUUUGAUGAGCUAAUCCAAGGUAUGGAGGCCAUCUUGGCAGCUGGUCAUAUGGGUGUGAUAGUCCAAUUGGCAGAGAGCUGUGCUGAAAGUGGAGAGAAACAGGGGGAGAUGAUGCAGUGCCUUCUCCAAGCUUUCCACUGUGCCGAGCCUGGCACCAGACACGUCAGCUGUCUCCUUCUCUUUAUGUCCUUGCUUACCUACGACGUGUACUACCAGUCAGAUACAGCCGAGGACAGCAUUCAGACAGAGGUUCCACUAAAGUCCAUCUGCUAUCACGGUUCACGUCUGGUUCAGGCUCUGGCCAAGUUCAAGGAGCGCUCCCUCCUCUUGAACAGCCUGCGCUCCCUGACGCCAGCCGACCUCCUAACGCUGGCCACCGACCCAUCGGGCAGCCACGUCCUUCAGGCUCUUAUCACCACAUCCAGCGACAAGGGCAGGGGCAAGAUCCUUAAGAGGCUUGAAGGCCAAUAUGUACAGAUGGCCUGCUCCAGGUUGGGCAGCCGGGUGUUGGAGGCUGUAUGGAAAACCGUCUCUGUCAGUCAGAGGCAAACCAUAGCACUGGAACUAGUACCGAGUGAAACCCAGCUGAGAGCCGAUCAGUAUGCACGUCACGUAUGGGCCAAGUUCGCCCUGUCCCACUUCAUCAACAGACGAUCCCAGUGGCAGGAAAUACAGACCGGCCAUGCCAAGAAAAGGAAGCUUUUCAGUGAUAUUCUCGAGUAACAAGCAAAGAUUUAUACACUUUUUUUUAAAUCAUCUUCCAAUGUGACCCCCCCCCUAUUAAAUAAUUAUGAGCCAAUAAAAAAACAA